AUGGAGAAGAUCGCGUGGGAGGUCGAGUACGUCCCUGACGAGUACCACAUCUGGGACACCCUGAACACUCCCUUCUUCGAAGACAGCCUGGACUACGCCCCUAUCCCCUCUGGCAGCGGAGAGGAGGAAACAUUCACCUUUCCUCUGGAGGGCUCCGAGGGGUACUACUCGGUCAUGUACUCGGGACCGUUCCCGCCACUGCAAUGCGCGGACGAGCUGCACCUAGCCGACGUGACGUACGUAGGGUGCUAUAGCGCGGGGAUAUUCUGCACCGCCGACGGGUCCACACGUAGCAGCAACAGCAAAGACUCGGCCGAGAAAUACCGCCCGUUCGACGGCACCGACGACGACGGGGAAGACGCCAAUAAGGUCAUGACGCUCGAGAAUUGCGCGGCCACCUGCACAGCUCAAGGAACCCAGUACCUCGGUCUCGAAUCCGCGGUCAAGACGACCUACGUUGUCUAUGUUGGAUACCUUCUCGUUUCUUCCGCCCUUUCCCACGCUAUUGAUUCGCUACGACGACACACCCCCCCUCUUCUCCAGUGCCUGUGCGGUGACGAGCUGGUGGGCAGCCCUAUCGACGAUGUCUACGGCAUCGGAGGCUCCGUGUGCGGCAUUGACAUCACGUUCGGCGGCGACGUCCCCGAGUACAAGUACCUGUGCUCCGGCGAUUCCCGCGUGCGGUGCGGCACCGACGACCACAUCUCGGUAUACUCGAUUGGCGGCAGCACCGGUGGCGGCAACGAGGACGAAGAGGAACCCAACCCCGCCCCCGUCGGCUCCGACGACUUCGAGCUCACCGGAUGUGUUGCCGACGACCAAAGCAAUAGGGUGAUGCCUGUGGAACCGAUUGCGGAGAACGCCAUGUCCGCGGAGGAUGCAGCGCACCCUUCACGCGACUCGCCAAAUAUCUCACGGCGCUUCGCGCUUGGUGAUGUGAGAGCCUGGUCCGGAUCUCUCGGAGCAACCCAGAGCUCCACCGCCUGUGACUACGACUGCGCUGGAAACGCGGAGGAGAUCUGCAGCGGCUUUAAUGCGAUGAGCGUAUACGAGAUCGCCUCCGUCACCACCUCUCCUACUGACUACCCAACCCCCGCACCUGUGCCUACCCCGGCGCCCGUGGUCCCCUCCGACGACUCUGAGCUCGUUGGAUGUGUUGCCGAUUUCAACGGCGCUCGGGUGAUGCCGGUGGGACCGUUGUCCAGCAAUGCCAUGACCGCGGAGGACGAUGACGGAGGAUCUCUCGGAGCAACCCAGAGCUCCACCGCCUGUGAUUACGACUGCGCUGGAAACGCAGACGAGAUCUGUAGCGGCUUUAAUGCGAUGAGCGUAUACGAGAUCGCCUCCGUCACCACCUCUCCUGCUGACGACCCAACCCCGGCGCCCGUGCCUACCCCGGCGCCCGUGCCUACCCCGGAGCCCGUGGUCCCCUCCGACGACUAUGAGCUCAUUGGAUAUGUUGCCGACUUCAACGGCGCUCGGGUGAUGCCGGUGGGACCGUUGUCCAGCAAUGCCAUGACCGCGGAGUGCUUCUGCACAGGAUCGCUUGGAGCAACCCAGAGCUCUACCGCCUAUAGCUACGCAUGUGCUGGAAACUCUGGGGAGCUCUGCGGCAGGCUUUACGCCAUGACCGUAUACGAGAUUGGGUCCGUCGCUACCUCUCCUACUGACGAUCCUACUCCCGCGCCUGUGCCUACCCUGGAUCCCGAGGAUGUAAGAGGGAUAUGA